AGAACGAAAUAAAACCUUGUGCGGUUGCAAAAUCACUUUGACAAUUCUAUAGAGAUAAAAACAAAGGGCAAACGAAACGCGUAUUAAAUAAAAGCAGAAAUAAUCAAAAUUAACAUAUUCUGCAGAGGCCGUUGCAGUAUGUACAAUUUGAGUACGUGACGUCACUAGCCAAAAAUUACUGUUACGCACAAUCUAUAAUCGUCCAUUGUCCUGCAGUGUGCCAUAAUGCCGUUGACCGCUCAAUUUGUGCGCAAUUUGCAGCGUUUCCGGCUCGUGACCUUUGACGUAACGGAUACGCUACUCCGGCUAAAAGAGCCAACCAAACAAUACGCCGAAACGGCAGAACAAUGCGGAAUAACCGGCAUAAACAAGGCACAGCUGGAACGCUGCUUUCGGCAACAAUUCAAAUUGAUGAGCCGAACGCACCAGAAUUUUGGCCGCUGUACGCCGGACAUGAGCUGGCAAUCCUGGUGGCUGCAGGUGGUCAUCAACACGUUCACCUGCAUGGACGCCAGCCUGUCCAAGGCCAAGCUGCAAACUGUCGCCGAGCAGCUGCUGGUCAUCUUUCGCACCAGCGCCUGCUGGACGCACAUCGAGGGCGCCACGGAUUUUGUGCAGCACGUUCGCGAGGCCGGCAAAUGUGUGGGCAUCAUAUCCAAUUUUGAUCCCUCACUGCAUCAGGUGCUGAGCGCCAUGGGCUUCAAUGACAAAUUCGAUUUCAUACUCAACUCGUACGAUGCCGGCGUCAUGAAACCGGAUCCGGCCAUAUUUCAACUGGCGCUCCAGGGCCUUAACAUAGCGCCCGACCAAGCGCUGCACAUUGGCAAUCAAUUGGACAUGGAUUACACGGGCGCACGCAACAGCGGCUGGAGCAGUCUGCUCGUCCAGCCGAAACAGCCGGCGCCGGCGUCGGCGCCGGAGCCAGGCGAUCCGGCCAGGCACACGUACGCCAGCCUCGCCGAGAUGCUGCUGGCGCUCGAAACGCAGGCGAUAGCCUGGUGAACAAAAAAUACACGAAAUCGAAUCCAAAUCUCUGUUCUAUUAUUUGAUUGGUCAAAAGUACGUACGUUAUUCGAGAGUUCACUGUACAUAAUUAUAGUAAUCAAUCUGUGACAUGGAUCAGUUUUUAAAUGAUCUGAAUUCAAUUCAAAAAGUACUUGCCAAACAACUGAAUCUUAUUUCUGUUGCUAAGCAAUUA